GUGAGGGUUCUACUUCCGGCUUCAAGUGAUCGAUGUCUAGUUACCGUCUUUCCCACGUUGCUCCUCUACUCUGCGCCCUCACCAUUGUCAUCGUCAUCAGCAUUAUCUGGCAUUACCCACAUCGUCGUCAUCAUCAAACGUCCAAUUUCUGUUCUCUCUUCUGUUUGUCUCUGCCCCUAAGCCGGCUUGGACACGAUAAUCUCCGGUGCUUUCUUUCCAGCCUUCCCUCGCCCAGCAGAGACAUUCACUGAAAACCCUAAUAUCUUGUCCGUGGACGAUACUCGACACUGCAGUAUGCCGCCAAUGGAGCGACCACGACGACCGGCUCUACGACUCAUGAUUCCGACGUCUAACUGUCCCCGGUUUCCUUCAAGGGAUCCCUCCGCCGGGUUAUUUGACGUCGACGAAAUCCACUCUCGCCGCAUCCGGCAACCUCGACCCGAAGAUGACGGUCCGCGCGCUCCUCCAAGCAUAUCUUCUUUCGUCUUUGCCAAUGAAUUGCUCCCCCCUCAACCCUAGCAUAUCGACAUGGACAUAUCUAUCCGCCUGGGUCGGCCGCGAGAUCUUCCUCAUCUGAAGAAGGUCCAAAUUGCCUCUACCCUGAACUUGAGGACCUCCGUGAGAUGGAGAACAUGGCUGCCGUGGCGCGCCAGGCAUACGACAUAUAAGGGAGACCUCUUGAAUCUUUGCCUUAUAAAAGGGAUGCUAUGGGUUGCCGUCGCCAAGCUCGCAACUGGAGAAGACUGGAUCGUUGGUUUUGCAAUUGGCAUCCUGAAGGACGACUGGGACCAAGAAGAGCGUUGUGACGACGUUCUUUACAUCGUGAUCCAUGUCCAUGCUUCUGUGCGUCGAAUGGGCGUCGGAAGCCAGCUUCUGAAACAGGCUGAGCAACACUUGUGGGAGAGAGGCUUCGAUUAUCUGGUCGCAUCGGCUUUCAGGGAAGAACCAUGGAAGGGGCCGGAGGAGACGUUCUUGAAAAAGAAUGACUCCCAACGAGUAAAUUUGUUGGGCUUCCAACGAAGGUGCCCGUGUCCACGCAUUAUGGCUGAAAUCCAUUGUCUGAACAGCAAGUUGAGCGAGAUACAGCCGGGUAUGGAAAGGGUUUUGUGGAUCAAAUCCUUGCCUCCCAGGCUUGGCUCGAAGCGCUAUGAUGACAGCACUCCCCCAUCCGAUGAGAGCACGCCCAAGUCCUACGGGUGGCCUUCACUCCGGAGGCUCCUGCUUUAAGAUUAUGAUUACAUCGAUGAUUGAAAGCUGGCAAGGAACAGAAAUUGGUGAUGAAGAGCACUAGGAGCUUGCCAUGUUCAUGUUCUCAAUUAGCGUUUGGUUGAUAUGGAUUUCAGAAUAGCGUACUACCUGGGGUAUAACAGCCUCACAAAAUAGCACAAAACAAGCAACAGCUAUCUACUACGUAACCACCUGCGGCGACGUGGUUUGAAGGAAUAGAACACAAAUUCUGGAC